AUGCUCGUAGGGAGCACGCUACUGCUGGGGAAAGAAGACGUGGACGAAGAAGUGGGGGAAGAAGAAGACUACUUUUCGGAUUCGGAAAUUGAGGUUGAAAAAUGUGACCCAGUAGCCGAUUGCAAAUGUUUUGUUAGCAGCGAAGCCUUGGGGUGCCACAUUUUUGAAACACUUCAAGAAGGCACCAGGUUCUUGGCCAUCAGGAGUGGCCGCAAGGGAGUCAAGUUCGGGCCCAAUGGGUUGGAAUUGACAAUUCAAAAACGACUUGAGAACCCGGCGUUGGCCUCGAGUGCCUAUAUAAUGUACGGCAAAGUUGAAGCUGAAAUCAAAGGCUCUUACGGCAGUGGAAUCAUUAGUUCGUUUUAUUUGCAAAGCGAUGUUCUAGACGAGAUCGAUGUGGCCGAAGUGUUUGGGAGCGAUCCCUACCAGUACCAAACUAAUUUUUUCAUCAAGGGCAACGUUUCCAAGCAUGAGCGAGGCAAAUACCACCAGGUGCAAAAGAGCCCCUUGAGUCAAUACCACAAAUAUGGAUGUGAGUGGACGCCCGAGAAGGUCACUUGGUUUGUCAAUGAUGAGAAAGUGCGCGAAAUUGGCUGCAAAAACAAAUUUGGAAUACCAAAUACGCCCAUGGCGGUCAAGUUUAGUUUGUGGGCAGGCGAAGAUACUCACGAUGAAGGCACCAUUGCUUGGAGUGGCGGCAACACAAACUAUCGCGAAGCCCCUUUCACCAUGGCGGUCAAAAACUUGAAGAUUCUUGAUUACUCGACUGGCCAGGCUUACUCCUACGGGUGGUUGCCAGAUGGUAGCUGGGCAGACGUAACUUCAGCAGGUGGACUGAUUUACCAUCAAGAUCAAAGGGAAAAAUGGGCUCCUAAAAGGCCGUCAGCGACGUCGAAAAAGCCAAUGCCAACUCUGGAAACUAGCCCGAAAUUACCACCACCACCGUCAUUACCUUUUGUCAAAGAAGAAGUUGUUGUUGGAUUCAAAGAGGAGGAGAAACAAACAAUUGAUUUACAUUGCCCCACGCUCGUGGACCCUUUAAUCACCGAGGCAAUGAAUUUGACCAUCAACCCCGCCAACCCCACGCUUCAUCACGACCAACAACACCCAUUCGAUCUCCAGACCCCCACCAUCACAACGGUUGCAAAUGAAAAAUUGGUACCCAAGGAACCGUUGAACCGUGAUCCAACUGUUGCAGCAUCGCGAUUGGUGCCGCGAUUCAGGACCACCGUUACCGAACCACUUUAUGAAUGGCCCGCGAGGGGUCUGGAAACCGCAAUUACCGAUACCGAAGACGGUGACGGAAAUGGAGAUGGUGACCCUAGUGACACGCACACCACUACUAAUCAGCCCUAUUUUGAGACUUUGUACACUUCACACUAUUAUACGUCGACCGAGCGACAUUUUGCAACCACCACCACCCGCCGCGGGGUCAGAGCCAGGCCCUCGAGCGGUAGGACAAAAAAUGGCUUUGUGCAAUUCCCCGAGGACGAAGAAUACGACGACUCCGAUUAUUAUUAUGAUGAUGCUGACGAAGAAGAAGACGAUGACGAUAUUGACGACCACCUUGACAGAGUGAAUAACGGUACAGGUAGAGACUAUGGAGGACGAAAAGGAGUCGGGAACGUGAAAGAAAUUCGAAGAGGAAGCCAGAGAUCAACACGAAAGGGAUCUACUUCUUCUUGGAGAAAGCAGAAAUCCGGGGUUCCCAAAUUGAUUUCACUCUCGCUAUUAUCUGUUCUACUUUGCGAACUGGUGAUCAUCAUUACGUCGUUCUAG